GCUCCUCCCCUUCGCCGCUCGCCUUGCCGGGACUUGGAGAGCCUGGGUUUCCCUCGCAGGCUCCGGUGGCGCUGCGCGCCGCUUUCAAACGCCGAUCCUGCAGCCGCGAUUGGAGGGGCGCAAGGAGAAGGCGUCGCCUUAAAAAAAAACCAAACACCCGGCUCUUUGCGCCGCCGGGAAACACCCGCUACGGGAAGAUGUCGGCUCUGCCUAGAAGAACUAGAACAGCACCAAAACCAGCGAUUCCGGAAGAUGAGCUGUCUUCCUUCCUUAUAUCUUCCUUCUUUAUUUAGCUCUCAGAAUCGGAAGAGGAAGAGGAAUGGGAGCCAAAAAAGAUUGCAAGGAAGCCAGGUGUGCCCAAAACAAAAGUGUCGAGAGCGAAAAAACCCACUGUAGCUGCCCAGAAGAACCAGCCUGUGCCUAGGAAAAGGACCAAGAAGGUGGCAGUAAAAGAGGAAUUGGACACAUCGGUGCCUAUUGCUGCUCCUGCAGGGAACGAAGGUGAAUUUCCUCUGCUGCAGCAUAAGGAAGAGGAAGAUGUCAAGCCGAGAUCUGCAGCCCGAAAGCUCCCCCUGAAAGGGCGCCCAGCCCACAGCCUGGAGAACGCCGAAGGACCCUCCACAAGUGCCGCGGCAACGGAACAAAAGAUGAAGUCGGAAGAGCCUGAAGAAGAUUUCACAUUCGAUGAGCCUCCUUUAAAAAAAUCGAAAUCAGCCACAUGUCCUCAGGGAAAGCCUGUGAAAUGUGCCGUGAGUGCCAAAUUGGACGAAGACCAUAAAAUGAACUGGGACAUUGUGCAGGUCUUGUCGCAAAGGACUGGCGUUGAAGAAUGGGUGUGUGCGAACAUAAUCCGCCUCUUCAACGACGACAAUACUAUUCCUUUCAUUGCCCGGUACCGAAAAGAGCUUAUAAACAACAUGGAGGCCGAUGCGCUGCGUGAAGUGCAGCAGACGCUGGAAGAACUACAGACUGUCGCGAAAAAAGUUCAUUCUUCGAUCCAGAAGCUUAAGAAAGAAGGAAAGCUCUCGGAAAGCCUUUUGACUGCUUUAUUAAACUGCAGAACCUUGGAGGAGUUGGACCAUGUGUAUGCGCCGUACAAAACGGGAAGCAAAGGAACAAAAGCCCAAAGAGCCAGGCAACUGGGAUUAGACCAUGCUGCAAAUUUGCUCAUUGAGAACCCAAGAGAACUCAACCUACACUCUUAUGUCAAGUCCAGUGUCGAAGGUCUUUCCACGGUUGAGGAAGUAAAAUCUGGAGUGCAGCACAUCUUGGCUGACAUGAUUGCCAAAGAUAAAGAGACGCUGGAUUUCAUCAGAGAUUUAUGUCAAAGAAAGUAUGUUUGUAUUCAGUCAUCCUUGGCAAAAGUGACCUCGAAAAAGGCCAAUGAAAAAGAUGUCAACAAGUUUCACCUGUACCAGAAUUUUUCUUGCAAUAUAAAGAAUAUUCAGCACCACCAGAUUCUAGCCAUUAACCGAGGGGAGAAUCUCAAAGUCCUGACAGUGAAGGUCAACAUUCCUGACGGCGUGAAGUUUGAAUUCUGUAGGUGGUGUGUAAAUGCAAGAUGGAGACCAAAGGCCUAUGCACAGCCUGAAUUAAUGGAGCUUCUACGUUAUUCAACAGAAGACUCCUACAAGCGCCUUAUUUAUCCACUUCUCUGCAGAGAAUUCAGAUCUAAAUUGACUUCAGACGCAGAGAAGGAAUCUGUGAUGAUGUUCGGAAGGAAUCUCCGCCAGUUGCUUCUCAUGAGCCCUGUAAGAGGACGGACCUUGAUGGGAGUUGAUCCUGGCUACAAACAUGGCUGCAAACUGGCCAUCAUUUCACCAACCAGCCAAAUACUUCAUACUGAUGUUGUCUAUUUACACUCUGGUAAAGGAUUCCGUGAAGCUGAGAAGAUACGGACACUUAUGCUGCAUUACAACUGCGGCACUGUUGUGAUUGGCAAUGGAACGGCUUGUAGGGAAACAGAAGCUUACUUUGCUGACUUGAUUACGAAGAAAUACUUUGCGCCUUUGGAUGUCACUUACUGCAUUACAAACGAGGCAGGGGCCUCAAUAUACAGUGUUAGUCCAGAAGCUACCAAGGAGAUGCCUGAUUUAGAUCCUAACCUACGAAGUGCAGUUUCCAUUGCGAGACGAGUACAGGACCCAUUAGCUGAGCUAGUGAAAAUUGAGCCCAAACACAUUGGAGUUGGAAUGUACCAGCAUGAUGUAUCUCAGACCCUGCUCAAAGCAACCCUAGACAGCGUAGUGGAGGAAUGUGUCAGCUUUGUCGGAGUUGAUAUUAACAUCUGCUCAGAAAUAUUAUUAAGACAUAUUGCAGGACUGAAUGCCAACAGGGCUAAAAAUAUAGUUGAAUGGCGAGAAAAGAAUGGAGUGUUCAUCAAUCGGGAGCAGCUCAAGGAUGUUAAAGGACUGGGUCCAAAAUCCUUUCAGCAAUGUGCUGGCUUUAUCAGGAUUAACCAGGAGCACAUCAGAACUUAUUGCAGUCAACAGGGUGAGCUUGCAGCUGAGGGUCAUAAAGCAGCUGCAAACGAGAAGCAGGGUAAGAAGAAAACCAAAGCGGCAAUAAACAUCAUUCGACAGCCAAAUCCUUUGGAUCAAACUUGCAUCCACCCAGAAUCAUAUAAUAUUGCAAUGAGGUUUUUAACGCUCAUUGGAGGGAACCUCAGCGAUAUUGGAAAGUCAGCCAUGCAGCGAAAUGUGGAUGUGAUAAUUAAAAAUGAAGGGCUGGAAGGAAUUGCAAAAAAGUUGAAUACAACGGGGCAAACACUGCAAAUAAUAAUUGAUGGGCUAACUCAACCUGAAGGCUUUGACAUCCGAAAAGAUUUUGAUAAACCUGAUUUCAAGAGGAGCAUCGUUUGUCUCGAAGACUUAAAAGUUGGAACUGUUCUGACAGGAAGAGUUGAGAAUGCUACUCUCUUUGGAGUCUUUGUUGACAUCGGCGUUGGUAGAGCAGGAUUGAUUCCCAUUCGGAACAUAACCGAAGACAAGCUUUCCAAAGAAAAGAAAAGGAGGAGUCUUGGCCUUGGCCCGGGAGAAAGAGUUGAAGUCAGAGUACGUGAAAUUGACAUUCCACGAUCCAGAAUAACACUGGACCUUAUACGUGUAUUGUGAGCAGUUUGUUGGCACUUUUCAUUUCAAGGGCUACCAUCUUAUCACGACGAGCAGAGUGCAGCUGGAAAAUGAGGACCAAUUCAGGCUGUCGGCAGCCUAGACUGCGUUGGGGAGCCUAGAAGCUCAGAAGCUGGCCAGAAAUUUGCAGAGAGACUCCCGACUCUAUGAAACAAUGCUAUAUGAUUUGUGGCAGGGUUGAGCAACCUGUGGCCCUCCAGAUGUGGUUAGACUCCAACUCCGGUCCAUCUCAGCUGGCACGGACAGCGGACAGAGAUGAUGGAAAUUGUAGUUCGACAUCUGGAGGGCCACCCCUGAUUCAUUAUGUGGGAGGCUAUAUACUUGGCUGCUGCAGUUUGUACGAGCCAAUAAAAAAUUGAAAAAUCCAAAUGGGUGUUGGAAGAACCUCCCAUGGGGGGCAGUGAUUCCUCCCAGCUCUGGCCAAGAUGCCUUUGAAUUCCAAGAAUUCUGUGGGGGCCCACUAAGUGUCUGAACUGAGUUUCUCCAGCAGAGGAAAAAUCACUAAAUCUAGCAAUUUAAAACUGCGGGUUCAUGUUUAGAUGCAGAAGUUCUUGAUUUCUAACAGUUUCAUCUACCUUUCCUGUACUUGCAUGUCUUUCCAUGCAGAGAUGGACAGAAAUACAAUGCUGGAACAAUUGAACAGGCCUUAGAUCAGGCUUCCUCAAACUUGGCCCUCCAGAUGUUUUUGGCCUACAACUCCCAUGAUCCCUAGCUAGCAGGACCACUGGUCAGGGAUGGUGUGAAUUGUAGUCUCAAAACAUCUGGAGGGCUGAGUUUGAGAAAGACUGCCUUAGAUGUAUGGAAUAUAUUGAGCUCCAGAAACUGGUCGGCAGGUCUCACUUUUCCACUUGGCAAGUCUUAUUAGGAAGGCUUAUUAAGUCUCCCUCCCCAUCACCCACACUUUGCUGCUCCCCAAGCCAACCUCACUUUUCUACUCAUAAUCAAAAGGCAUGUCAGAAGCCAUCCUAGCUCUCACCCACGGUAUCAUGUGAUGCUACAGUGACUUCAUGUGAUUGGCAGGGGGUUAUCCUGCCCACCUGUCAAAUUUGGCCCACACGAUUAGUUCCAUGGAGCCAGAAAGGUUCCACACCCCGAUAUGAACACAUGAAGUAGUACAACCCUGGCAGAGGUUUACUCCUGGGUAGGUUGCAUUGGUGGCUUCAGAGUAAACCCUUGUUCUAGACUUGAACAAAAACCUAUUAAACUUGGGAUUCCUCUUGGAAGUAAGGUGAAUCCUAAAAUAAAUGUGCGCUCCAAGCAACUGCUUGCUUGGUUUGUUGCGGAUUAACUUGUUAUCUUCUGUUCAGCUUCAAAAAAGAAUGUUUCCUGGAUCUCUUUCUAAGAUGUUUCUUUAAAGUCAAGGGAAGAAGUUAUGUGAAAGGAAGGUUGUCUAAAUCCAUGAUAAUUUUAGGAACUGCAGUGCCAACCUAUUGAAAUGGGAUUUGUAAUCAACAAAUGCAGAUUUUUUUUGUAUAUAUAUUUUAGCUGCAGGAUAUAAUAACUUUUUUUAAAAUUUACUUUGUUGAUAAACAACAUGGAAAUGUUUUCAUCAAGACGAGAAACUUUAUCCAAUGAUAUCUUUUGAAAAUCUUUUAUUAAAAAAAGUCAACUU